CAAUUCAUAGCUUCCAUUCAAUUUUUCCUACAGCUACUCUUCUCCGUCUGUUUGCACAAGGGUCUUUCAUGCAUGCAGAGGCUUCUCAAUUCUGAGGAGUCACAAUGGACAGAAUGUGGAAGAGGCCCAAUAACAGAAACAGUAACAGUAACAAUCCUCCAAGCCCAUAUGUGCAAAGGUUCUGUAAAUCUGCACCCUGUUCACCAGCAAAGGCUACAGUUAAAAAAACCAGCAAUGGCCCUGCUAGGGCUGAUACUCCAUAUGUCAAGGCCAAGCAUGCACAGUUGGUGGACAAAGAGCCUGACAGAGCAAUAGCUCUGUUUUGGGCCGCAAUUAAUGCAGGAGACAGGGUAGAUAGUGCUCUGAAAGACAUGGCAGUUGUCAUGAAACAACAAAACAGGCCUGAAGAAGCAAUUGAAGCGAUCAAGUCACUGAGAAACCGUUGCAGUGAUCAAGCCCAAGAAUCACUGGACAAUCUACUGCUGGACUUAUACAAGAGAUGUGGAAGAAUGGAUGACCGGAUUGCACUGUUGAAGCACAAGCUCAACUUGAUUCAUCAGGGCUUGGCAUUCAAUGGAAAAAGAACCAAGACUGCCAGAUCCCAGGGGAAGAAAUUUCAACUUUCUAUAGGACAAGAGGCUACAAGAUUACUUGGGAACUUGGGUUGGGCAUAUAUGCAACAGUCCAAUUAUAUUGCUGCAGAGGCUGUAUACAGGAAAGCCUUAUCAAUUGAACUAGACAACAACAAGAUGUGCAAUCUUGGUAUUUGUUUAAUGCAUCGAGGAAGGGGUUUUGAGGCUAAAUCCAUGCUCCAAAAUGUAAAACCUGCAUCUGCAAAUGGUCCAUGCGGACUUGAUUCUCACUUGAAGUCCUAUGAAAGAGCCCAAGAGAUGCUAAGAGACCUUGAAGGAAAUCCAAGCCUCAAAUCCUGUGUGUGGCAAUCCCUGCCAUGUAUUCAAAAUGGUCCAUGGAAGCAUAUUGAAAAUCCUAUCUCUGUGAGUGUGGAUUGGGAUGUUACUGCUCUCAAUGCAACAUCUGGAUUCGGACCAUUCCCUUGCUCUGAGGACUGUGACUCAGAUGGUUUCAGGAAUGAGAAUGUAAAUACAAACAACAGGAGGACUCCAUUUGUUUUUCCUCAAAAAACAGAGGAUGGUUUCGGCAAUGAAAAUGUAAAUAUAAACAACACGACUCCAUUUGUUUUCCCUCAAAAAACAGAGAUCUUGAAGCAAAGGCUUGAUAAAAUUUGCUUGGAGAAUGAAACAAGGCCUUAUUUUAUAGGCCAGAACUUGCAGAACGAAGCAAGGCCUUUUCCUCUAUUCCAGAGCUCGGACAUUGAGCCAAAACCUUCAUUUCUAGGCCAGAGUUUGGAGGACACGAGGACUUCAUUUGUAGGCCAUCAUAGCCUGAAGAAUGAAACGAGGCCUGCAACUAGAAGGUCACUUUCAUGGGAUGCUUUGGGAUUCAUUGAAGCUCCAGAUAGUAACGACUUACAACAAAUCGUGGCGCCUGCCUAAAAUUCAAUCCAUCCUGCCCAGCAAAGGAAGUGUCAUUGCCGCCUACCAGGAGAUGACACUUCCCUCGAGCCUUAUUAAAUAGUGUAUUAUUAUAACUACUGUUUUUCAAUACGUUUUUCCUAUCAGGAGAACAAAGGAUUGUAUAGAAAUGGAAUCAGCAGCAAAGUUGCGAAGAAUGUUUGACAGCACAAAAGUGCUCCAUCCUCCCGCUACAAAAAAUAUAUUCAAUUAUUCAUUGAAAUACAUAUAAAUAUCUGUGAUUUAUUAUUAGUUCCUGCCAACAGGCAGGUUACUAUUGCA